AUGUUUAUGCCUCUUCUCCGCUUUGCUCAGGCCUAUCUAGCACCGCAACCAAAAGUCGCUUCCACCAUUCAAAUCGACGUUGAGCCUGCCAAAGAACAUGCACGAAGUCAAUCGAGGCCGACGCUCACAAUCGCCCAGCGUAUGCCAACCGAAUCCUGGGAUUCGCACAUGCAUGUCACGGAUCCAAACUACCCAUUAGCAGUAGGGGCAGCGUACGUUCCAAAACUGCACAACUUGACCGAUGUUCGAAAUUUCGAAGGGACAAUUGGCAUUCGCAAUACAGUCUUUGUCCAACCUUCGAUUUAUGGCGCCGACAACUCAUGUCUGCUAGAUGCUCUGCGAUUGGUUGGCCCUUCACAUGGUCGUGGUGUGGUCGGCAUAAAUCCUGACAUGCUGAACAUUGCUGAACUUCAAGAAUGGCAUAAGCUCGGCGUUCGUGGUGUCCGUCUCAAUCUCAAAUCCAACAAUGCAACAUACACUGAGGAUUCUCUUACAACGAUGCUUCAGAAGUACGCAGAUGCUAUCCGAGGUUUCGGGUGGGUGCUUGAACUCUAUAUCGGCAUGGAAGCAAUGCCCACUCUGGAGAAGAUUGUACCAAGCCUCGGUGUCAAAAUAUCAAUCGCUCACUUUGGCGCACCUACGCUGCCUAGUCCAGAGACUGCGAACUACCCGCUCAACCCAUACGAUAUUCCUGGCUUCUCUUCGUUAGUGAACUUAGUCCGAGCUGGAAAGACGUGGGUCAAGCUUUCUGCGCCAUAUCGCUUUGACAAGGACACACAAUUCCGAGGUGUCGAAAGCAUUGCGCGCGAGUUGCUUAAGGUUGCUGGUGAUCGAUGCAUCUUCGCUUCUGACUGGCCACACACGAGGUAUGAUGGCCUUGACAUCAAGCCUUUUGUUGAAGCGGUAUUGGAUUGGACAGACGAGGCCAACUUGACAAAGGAGGUUUUCAGUCUCAAUGCANAAGAGCUCUGGGAUAUUGAUCAAAGGCGUGAUAGCCAAGAUCCCCUGAAAUGUGAUUGA